CUCUAUCUAUCAGUCUCUCUCUCUCCCUCUUCACUAAGUAGUAGGCGGAGUAGUACCAGUAGCAGAGAAAGAAACAAAGAAAAUAUCAUAGAAAAUCAAAAUGUCAAUCGCAUCUCUUGGAAUUUCGAGGUUUUCGUCGUCUGAUUUCAGUCGGGAAGUGGCUGCGAACUCGCAUUGUUUCAAUAACCAAAAGCAUCAUCAUCAUCACAGCAAGAACAAGAACAACCAUUUAUCUACUACUACUUCUUGUUCUUCUUCUUCAUCUUCAAGUGCUUCUCAGCUCUUCGGAGAGAGAAUUCGAUUGAAUUCUGGGUCGGUACUCAACCGACGCAAAGUGGGUCAUCAUCCUAUUGUGGUUUCUCCCAAAGCUGUCUCCGAUUCAAGCUCUUCCCAGACUUGUCUGGAACCUGAUGCUAGCCGUAGUGUUCUAGGAAUCAUUCUUGGGGGUGGAGCGGGUACACGUCUAUAUCCUCUUACCAAAAAACGUGCAAAACCUGCUGUUCCUCUAGGAGCAAAUUACAGGUUGAUUGAUAUACCUGUGAGCAAUUGCUUGAAUAGUAACGUAACAAAGAUUUAUGUACUCACACAAUUCAACUCUGCGUCCCUCAACCGACACAUAUCGAGGGCUUAUGCAAGUAACAUGGGUGGGUAUAAGAAUGAAGGGUUUGUUGAAGUUCUUGCAGCUCAGCAGAGCCCAGAAAACCCAAACUGGUUCCAGGGCACAGCUGAUGCUGUCAGGCAGUAUCUGUGGCUAUUGGAAGAACAAAACGUUUUGGAAUUUCUGGUUCUUGCUGGAGAUCAUUUGUACCGUAUGGAUUACGAGAAAUUCAUUCUAGCACAUAGAGAAACUGAUGCUGAUAUAACAGUGGCUGCUCUGCCAAUGGAUGAAAAACGUGCCACCGCAUUUGGUCUUAUGAAAAUUGAUGAGGAAGGACGGAUAAUUGAAUUUGCAGAGAAGCCAAAAGGAGAGCAACUGCAAGCAAUGAAGGUUGAUACUACCAUUCUAGGUCUCGAUGAUGAGAGAGCGAAGGAGAUGCCUUUUAUUGCAAGUAUGGGCAUAUAUGUUAUCAGUAAAGAUGUGAUGUUGAAUUUACUUAGAGAGAAAUUCCCUGGAGCCAAUGAUUUUGGAAGUGAAGUUAUUCCAGGAGCAACUUCAAUUGGAAUGAGGGUGCAAGCCUACUUGUAUGAUGGUUACUGGGAAGACAUUGGUACCAUAGAGGCUUUUUAUCAUGCAAAUUUAGGGAUCACGAAGAAGCCAGUGCCAGAUUUCAGUUUUUAUGAUCGUUCUUCUCCAAUAUACACACAACCCAGAUACUUGCCGCCUUCCAAAAUGCUUGAUGCUGAUGUUACAGACAGUGUCAUUGGCGAGGGUUGCGUAAUCAAGAACUGCAAGAUUCACCACUCUGUUGUCGGUCUAAGAUCUUGCAUCUCUGAGGGUGCAGUCAUUGAAGACAGUUUACUGAUGGGGGCCGAUUACUACGAGACUGAUGCAGACAGAAGGCUUUUAGCAGCAAAAGGUAGUAUUCCAAUUGGUAUUGGAAAGGAUUGUCACAUCAAAAGAGCAAUAAUCGACAAAAAUGCUCGGAUUGGAGACAAUGUGAAGAUCAUUAACAGUGACAACGUGCAAGAAGCGGCAAGAGAAACAGAGGGGUACUUCAUCAAGAGUGGGAUUGUUACUGUAAUUAAAGAUGCUUUGAUUCCCAAUGGAACAGUCAUUUGAGAUCCGGAUCACUAUGCUCAGUUGAGACUUGGAUAAUUAAUACCGAGUUCUGUUUAAACGCUUAUUUCUUGAUCUUCAAAUGAGAAGGUAGAGUAUCAAAUUUUAUGA